AUGAUAUAUAAGGCAGAUUACCAACAAAAAAUUCAAGACCUCUUAAAUGAUAAAUGCACAUAUAAGGCUAUCAGAAUUGACCCGACCCAACAGCUUUUAAGGAAAAACAACAAUUUGGUGAAUGACAUCUAUAAAAAUAAAAGCAUUGACUUUAAACUUAAACAAUACUUGACAUGCACGGCAGCUACAGCACCAAGACUCUAUGGCUUACCCAAAAUCCACAAAGAGGACACACCUCUUCGACCAAUUUCAUCAUCUCUGAAUGUACCAUGCUUCAAACUGGCAAAAUAUGUGGGGCAGACCCUUAAAAAUAUCGUUUCUGUAAACUUUAACGUGAAAAACUCAUUUCAACUCAAGGAAAAUAUUAAAAACAUAACUGUUGAUGAUGAGGAAAUGCUUAUAUCCCUGGACGUCGUAUCUUUAUUCACGAAUAUACCCAUCCAUUUGGCUAUUAACACAAUAAUGAAGCAGUGGUCAAGCCUAGAAAAGCAUACAACAAUAACCAAAAAACAAUUCCUAACAAUAUUAGAAUUUUGUCUGAGGGAAAACAACUACUUCGUCUACGAUGGAACCUUUUACCAGCAAGUGUAUGGUAUGCCGAUGGGUAACCCUUUAUCGCCCACUAUAGCUGACAUUGUUUUAGACAAAAUUAUUGACGACAGCAUUAUCGAGCUUAGAAAUAAGGACAUAUGUACCAAAUACAUUACCAAAUAUGUAGAUGAUAUAUUCGCUAUAGUUAAGACAAAAGACGUGGAAGAGAUACUGAAAAUAUUUAAUCGACAGCAUACAAAAGUACAAUUCACACUGGAAAAGGAAAUAUAUAACAAAAUAGCCUUCCUAGAUGUUGAAAUUCAUAAGAGUGAAAAUAAAUUGAAAACUAACUGGUAUACCAAGAGCGUAGCAUCAUCAAGGAUGAUAAACUUUAAUUCUAAUCACCCGUGGGCCCAGAAGAAGAACACAGCAAUAAAUUUCAUCACCAAAGUUUACUCCUUGAGUGAUCCGGAGUUCAUAGAAGACAAUAGGGCUAAAAUAAAAAAACAUUCUCUUCAAAAACGCAUAUCCCAGCGGAGUAAUAGAGACACUAAUAACAACAGCGAUAAAGAAAAUGAAAUGCAAUAA